UUAAAAUAAAAAAUAUCGUUCUAUGCUCUCAAACUAGAUAGCAAAAAAUAAAAAAAAUACAGAAGAAGGAGCGGUAGUCAACUAUGUACGUUAGGUGAUCGUGGCUUCGGCAGGUAGCAGAAAUUUUUCGGAAAACACUUUGCAAAUGUUUAAUGUGACAAGAUCAUAAUUUAGACUUUAGUUUAUACUUUGGUUAAAUAAUGAGUCUUAUUAGCACAUUGGGAGUCUUAUUGGAUUCUGUUCUGGAUUUGUUGAUUCCUGCUAGUGAAGUACAACAAAGUUUAAUUGGUAUGCUGAAUUUUCAGAAUGGCAGAGAGGCGGUUACUUCAGGCCUGGAUUCGAAGUCAAAUUAUUGUAUUACAAGCCAUUCCAACCAUCAGUGAGUUCACUCCCUCACAAUGCUCAUCGAACAGUAUAAAAGUUCAUUCAGCUUCAUCCAAUAACAAUAACUGUCCUGCUACUACAGCUAUAAGUUUCAAGAACCUGCGAGUAGAUAAUAUUCUCUCUGAGCAGACGCAAAAACAUGUUCCUAUUUGUGGUCAGAUAUUGACUAUUUGUGGUCAGAUAUUGACUAUUUGUGGUCAGAUAUUGACUAUUUGUGGUCAGAUAUUGACUAUUUGUGGUCAGAUAUUGAUUAACAAGUUAAAGGCUCGAGAUCCUAUUAGCAAAGCUGAAUCUUUUACUAAAGUUUGUGGGCGUUAUCUAAUGAACAAUUGUAUUAAGUAUUAUAAAGUCACAAGAAUAUUAUAACUUAAAAUAAAAAGUAAAGGAAAUUUAACAUUGA